AUGCCUCGUCACUCUCGUUCUGGCCUUGAGAUGCCUAGACGCUCGUUCUUCGCCGUCUUUGCUUUGAUUUCGUUCGUGCUGCUCGUCACCAUUAGUCUCUCCCAGCUAGGAACUCGACAAGGUGCCACCCUCAAGUUUGAACGCAAUGCCGACGGAGAGUGGCAUGCCAAACCCAAGACGCGUGCCGCGGCGGGCGACAAGUACCUCCUCGGUGUUGGCAAGGCUGACAUCACCGGCCCUGUCGUCGAGAUUGGCUUUGCAGGGUACGCUGAUCUGAGCCAGGUCGGAACUGGCUUGAGACAGCGGAUCUACAGCCGCGCUUUCAUUGUUGGGGAUGUGAGCAAGCCGAGCGAUCGUUUCGUCUAUCUUGUGCUAGAUACACAGAGUGGUGACACGGCCGUUCGCAAGGGCAUCCUCGAGGGCGUUGCAGCCCUUGGUUCGGGAUACUCCGUGUAUAACAAGAACAAUGUUGCCGUGACCGGUACUCAUAGCCACGCUGGCCCAGGAGCUUGGUUCAACUACCUUCUGCCGCAGGUCACCAGCUUGGGUUUCGACAAGCAGAGCUACCAGGCUAUCGUUGACGGUGCAGUUCUCUCCAUUAAGAGGGCGCACGAGUCUCUACAAGAGGGAUACCUCGACGUCGGAACCACGGAAGUAACUGACGGCGCCAUCAACCGCAGUCUAUAUGCCUACCUUAACAACCCCGCGGCAGAGAGGGCCAAGUACAGCGCCACCACUGACACGACAUUGACCCUCCUUCGCUUCCAGCGCGCCUCCGAUGGCAAGAACAUGGGUGUACUCACUUGGUACCCAACCCAUGGCACCUCGAUCCUCCAGAAUAGCACGCACGUAGCGGGCGACAACAAGGGUGUCGCGGCAUAUCUUCUUGAGAAGGACCUCGCGAGUGACGCAAGCGCCGCACCUGGCUUCGUAGCCGGCUUCAGCCAGGCGAAUGUGGGUGAUACCACGCCCAACGUACUCGGUGCCUACUGCGAUGACGGUUCUGGCCAGCAAUGCAGUCUGGAGAACAGCACCUGUGCCGAUGGCAAGAGCCAGUCGUGUCACGGUAGAGGCCCCGCGUUCCAGAAGUUGGACCUGGGUAUUUCGAGCUGCUACGAGAUUGGACGUCGUCAAUAUGCCGGUGCCAAGUCUGUCUAUAAUGCCCUUGCUACGACUUCUACUCCUGUCACCGGCACCAGUGUCAAGUCUUUCCACUUCUUCCAGGACAUGUCAUACUUCAAGUUCCCACUCGCAGAUGGCACCAUCGGCCAGACAUGUCCGGCUGCCCUCGGCUACUCCUUUGCCGCCGGAACUUCGGACGGCCCCGGCGCCUUCGACUUCACCCAGGCCGACUCUGGCACCCCCGAUGCCAACCCUCUUUGGGCGGUUGUCUCCGGUCUUCUCAGAACACCCAGCGCCGAGCAGGCUGCGUGUCAACAGCCGAAGCCUGUCUUGCUAGACGUUGGUGAGAUGAGCACCCCGUAUGCUUGGAGUCCCAAUAUUGUAGACAUUCAGAUGCUUCGUGUUGGACAGCUGGUCAUCGUCGUUGCGCCUGGCGAGGCUACAACAAUGAGUGGGCGGAGAUGGAAGGCUGCUGUCAAAGAGGCUGCGAAGAGUAUUCUUCCUAAUGAUCCUGUUGUUGUCCUUGGUGGUCCCGCCAACACCUAUGCCCACUACAUCGCCACCCCUGAAGAGUACGCCAUCCAACGCUACGAGGGCGCCUCAACCCUCUUCGGCCCCAAUACUCUGCCAGCUUACAUCAACCUCACCCCUUCGGCGUCGUAUACUCGUGGCGCGGUAGUCAAUGCCACGUUCCAAGCCGCGAACCCGCGGAAUAACCUCAGGCUUGAGGGCACGUACGCCGCGGUUGAGCAGCUGCAGAGCGGGAAAUGGGUGCAAAUUAGGACCGACGCGGACUGGUUCCUUGUGUAUACUUGGACGAGGACAAAUUUCUUGCUUGGGUACAGCGAGGUUGUGAUUAGUUGGGAGACUGGAACGAGUGAUGGGGCUGGGCCAGGGACGUAUCGAAUCAAGUAUUAUGGUGACUCGAAGCCGUUGAUUGGGAGCAUCUCGGCUUUUGAGGGGACGAGUGCCAACUUCACGUUGGUUUAG